UAUAGGUUACAUAAUAUGCACAACUCAACACUUGUUUAGAACUAUCCAGAAGUUUCUUCAUCAAAUAUAAAUUCUUCCAUUUCAUACCCAGGAAAGCCCUAACAGAGAAAUCUGAAUUCUGAACUAAACUGUAAUGGCGGAGCACUUGGCAUCGAUUUUUGGUACAGAGAAAGACAGGGUGAAUUGUCCAUUUUACUUCAAAAUUGGUGCUUGUAGACAUGGAGAUCGUUGUUCUAGGCUUCAUACAAAACCAAGUAUUAGCCCAACGCUUCUCCUUUCUAACAUGUAUCAAAGGCCCGAUAUGAUAACACCUGGUGUAGAUGUACAUGGUCAGCCUAUUGAUCCUCGCAAAAUGCAGCAACAUUUUGAGGAUUUUUAUGAAGAUUUAUUUGAAGAACUGAACAAGUAUGGAGAGAUUGAAAGCUUGAACAUUUGUGACAAUCUUGCGGAUCACAUGGUUGGCAACGCUUAUGUUCAGUUUAGAGAGGAGGAACAGGCUGCAAAUGCUCUUAAAAAUCUUACAGGAAGAUUUUAUGCCGGGAGGCCCAUCAUUGUUGAUUUCUCUCCUGUAACUGAUUUUCGUGAAGCCACCUGUAGACAGUAUGAAGAGAACAGCUGCAACCGUGGUGGAUAUUGCAACUUUAUGCACCUAAUGAAGAUCAGCAGGGAGUUGAGACACCAGUUGUUUGGGAGGUACAGGAGAAGGCACAGCCGAAGCCGAAGUCGAAGUCGAAGUCCUUACAGGCAUCGUAGCUAUGAAGUGCGCUCUCACAGGAGUCAUAGUAGAAAAUAUGAUGAUAGGGAUUAUUAUCACGAGAGUCGGAGCAGGAGGCGCACUACUAGUCCUGGGCAUAGGAGGGGUAGGAGCCGGAGCCCUCGUGGCAGGAGGGAUCAAAGUCCAACUAGGGAUAGUAGUGAGGAGAGACGUGCAAGAAUUGAGCAGUGGAACAGGGAAAAAGAAGAGGCGGACCUUUCUAAUAGGAUUAAUGCAGAUGGUACUAAUUACAACAAUGAUAUUGGAUAUGCACAAAAUGGAGAUGGGUAUAAUGAUCAGCAGCCAACACUACAGGAUGGAUAUGGAUACUAAUGAGUGUAUACUGUAGAGGUGGUGCAGGUUUUCAAUUCUGUGUUAUUCCAUGUGAAAUUUCAACCCUUUAUUAUGCUUUUGUGGCUUUUGCAUAUAUUCCUGUGCAUCAUGCAUUUUUUUCACAUGAGAACUAUACCUUCUCCUUCAAGAAAUUUAUAAACUUCACCUUUCUUUCACAUGAGAACUAAACCUGCUUUAUGUCUUUUGGGACAACUCUUUUGGUUACCAAGUUAGAAUUUUCUGGGAGUUUGUUAGUAAAGUGUUGUUCAAGGUCAAUAUAGGAUCUAAACGUUUCUGAUAUGACAUUUUAGUGAUAUAUGAAUGAAAUUUCCUCAAAAUUCAGUAAUACUUCUGGCCUGUUCAAAUUCUCACCAUCUCUCUUCAUUAUGUGAUGGGAAGAUAUUCUAUAUACUCUUAUUGACAGAAAAUGCAUUUUAAAUUGCUGAGGAGAUUUGUAUGGACAUUUAUUUCUAUUACUAUGAAAUUCAUAAAUGAAGUAAUUUUGUUUUGUGAUGAAUCUUGUAUGUGUUCCUAAGAAAAGGAAUUUGUCCAUUUUCCGGGGUCUGAAAGGGGCGUGGAAACGCAUAAAAACUCUUGAAUGGAAAAGAGAUGAGCAUAGUAAGUAAACUGUGCCUCAUAAUUUACUGGUCAUUAGUAUAGCAUAAUUUUCAAAAUAUUGUCAGUGUUCGAGAAUUUGGUUGUAGGUUCUUUGGUUAGCCUUUCCCUUAUAUGUGCUGUCAUUCUACUUUAACUUUAUUUGGUAAAUGAGAAACUUGAUGAUUUGCUAGUGUUAGUCCAGGAAGUGUCUGUAUGAGAUAUUCGGUAAAUCAGCUACUUGAUGAUUCACUAGUUUUAGGCCUGGAAGUGUGUAUAUGAUUGUUACAUGAAGGAAUGUCUUAACUUGAACAUAUAAUUGCCUAGAAGUACGAUGAAGUAUAACGUUUUGCUUUUCGAGCUCCGUGUUUGGAGUUUAAAAAAGACAAAAUUGACACUUCGAAGGUUCUGACAAUACGUCAUUAAGGGAUCGUUUGGUUUGAAUACAAGUUAUGAUGGGAUUAAUUAUGAUGGGAUGAGUUAUACUGAGAUUAGUUAUGAUGGGAUAAGUUAUGCUGCGAUUAUCUCUUAUUGAUUGUUUGGUUUGUUGUAUUCAAAAUAAUAUGCAUUGCAUAAAUUUUAAGAACAAAUUGUUUGUUUACAAAAAUGCUCUUCCUUUUAUUUAGUUUUUUAUAUUUUCUUUGCAAGCUUUGGUUAUUCAUUCUUAAAAUUAAAAUUUUCAUCUUAUUUUGCUUAAAUAUUUUUGUGUGCGCAUUCCCAUGAUAAUAUCAUAUGUAUUUGAAAAUAAAAUAUAUAUCUUAUUUAGCUUAAAAAUAGAAUUUUCAUCUUAAAUUUGUUAAAGUAAAAGAGGAUUUAUUAUUUAUAUCACUUCAUUUAAGCACAUAUCACUCUUAAAUUGUAAAAUACUAAAGUUUUCAUUUUAGUUGAUAUAUAAAAUACAAGCUUUCAAGUGACUAAAAAAAUAUAUAAUUAAAAAUAUGUAAUUUAGUAGUAGAGAAAUCAAAACAUAAAUAAAUAUAAGAAUUAGUCAAAUAAAUUAAUAAAUAAAAAUUAUAUUUGUUUAGUUUAAUUUUUAAUUAAAAAAUAUAAAGAAUUAUCAUAAAAAUUAGUAGUAGUGAAGAUUGUAAAUGUUAUUAUACAUGGUAUUAAAAAUAAUGUGAAUAUACAUGUGAAAAGUGAUGUAUAAAAAGAAUUUAAAGGGAUAUUUUUGUCAUUUUCUCUAUUUUUUUGGGCAUAAUUAUCCCGAAAUUACUAUACCACCCAAGAGGAGGGAUAACUUAUUCCGAUAUUAAUUAUUAAUUCCGGAAUAAGUUAUUCCGGACUUGCCAACCAAACAACAAAUUAAAUGACACUAUAAUUUAAUUUCGAAACUAUUUGAUGUUAUCCUUCACACCAAACGACCCCUAAGGGUAUAAUGUGAAGUUUAUAGUUAAAGAUCUUCCAAGUAUAUAUAGACUAAGUAUUACUCUUUUUGAAAUGGAUUAAAAAGGAAAGAGUGUCAUAUUAAAAGAAACGAAGGGAGACUUUUGUAACAUUUUUGUAUACCUAAUAUUUUCACCUCACGCACUUUCCAAUGAUUGUUGGUACUUCCAAAUUAAAUUGUCAUUGGUAUUGUACAACAAUUACUACACCUUAGUUUCAGACAAGUUGGGACACCUUAGUUUCAGACAAGUUGGGAUAGGCAGAAUCCUUAAUGAUCAUGUUUUCCCAUUUAAUUUAUCUUUGACAUUGGUAUUGUUUUUCAUCGAGUUUAUUCCAUUUUCUGCCAACUGUGUGCCAUCUUAAUGUUCGAUAUCCUAGGUGAUUUUUCUGGUUGUCCGCCCAAAUGUUUCUUUUCCUUUACAUGGUGGUUUCCCUGUCAUUUUGGUUGUGGGGUCUGUUUAAGAAAGUCUUGUUAUGAGAACAGCUUGAAUGGACAUUUUUUACCCCAGAGCACAUCCAGGCUAGUAGCUUUCGCAACUGCUCUUUGUUUUUGAGUUUUGUUUAUGGAAGUAGCUGAGGGUCUGCCCAAAACAGCCUUUCUACUCUAUUACUGAGGUAGGGGUAAGGUUUACGUAAACUCCACCCUCCCCAGACUCUCUACAUUGGAUAUGUUGUUGUUUAUUGAAGUUAGGCUUACAGGUUUAAUGAGUUUUGCAGGUCCAGGUUUCCCUGCAUAUAAGGACUAAGAGCGUGAUUUUAAUUACGGCUUACCAUGAACUGUGUAACAGGUGGUUGGAGCUAACUCAAGAUUUGUCCCAACAGGUUUUGUUUGACUCGAGGCAUUUGCAGGAAAGAGUUGGAAGAACUUUUUAAGGCUUCUCUGCCAAAUGAGACAGCGUUACUAAAAUUCAAAUUCUCUGCUUUAUUUUGGAGUAACGCAGCUUAGAUAUCGGCAUAUGACACAUGUUAGCUAUAACUUUACAUGGGAGCUUGGUGAACUUGUUCUGUCCAUAUAUGUGAUUGGUCAACUUGUCGGAGAUUUUCUCAAAGGUUUAGUAUGUAAUUUCUCUGUGAAGAGUAUCUUGAUGUUUAGGCAUUUCAUCCUUUUCACUAUACAAGUUCAUUCACAAGUUGAUAUUUGAUUGUUUGUUUUCAGAUCCA